UUACGAAAAAAACCUAAUUAAAAGGAGUAAUUUACGAAUUUUUUUAUAUGCCUCCUCAAACUUAGGCUCCCCGCUUUUUUUCUAUGUGAUUUUUGUCCUAGAAAAACGUGUGUGUAAAAAGUUGAAUAUUUUUUUCAAUAGAUCGAAAGAUGUCCUUGUCGCACACUGUUGCUUUUCUUGUCAAACGUUCCGAGACAAGGAGAGCAAUAGCGUGCGACAAAGACAGCAAUAUAAAUUAAUUCCGCCAUUUCGCCGCUACGCGACGCUAGCAUUUCAAUGCCCAUAAAUUAGGCAAAUUUUCAAAGAAAAUUAAUUUGUGGAAUUUUUUUGUGGACUUUUACAAUUGCUGUCAGCUUUCUUUUCUUUUUGUGUUUCACUUAACCUACGAAGUAUAUAAAUAGAAAUUUUCAAAUUCCAUUGACUUUAUCGUAGCGUUCAAAAUCAAUGGAUUAAAAUUGAACAUUGGGAUGUUUAGUUGGAACCAGCAGGUUUAGAUUAGAUAGUAAAUUAGGAAGAAAAGCGCGUAGAAAGUAAAGUAAUCGCGUAAAAAUGUGAAAUUUAUUAUAUUUUUAAGUUUCGCUAUUGUCAUUGUGAGUCGUUACCACGUCACGUAAAAAUGUUAAGGGAUUUAGGUGGUUUGUAGAGCAGGGAACAACAUUGAUUACUUACUCUUUUAUAUAUACGUUGUCUGUGAUUGAAUCAUGUUUUCAUUGAUUGAACAAAUUAAUUGAACAAAAACAUGGAUUAUUAUGAAAUAUUGUUUUAUUUAACAACAAUUGACAAAACUGAAGCUGAUGUUGUAGGACCAAUUAAUGAUUUUAACGAAAGACUGCAACAAAUUUUACAAAAAGUACAAACAAUUUCAAUGAAAAAUAAUGGAAAACUCAAGAUCGAUACUGUCGAUAACAAAAACGAACCCAAUGAUAUCAGGUAUCAAUACAUAUGUACGAUUGUACAUGUUCUACAAAAUAUAAAAAUAAAUAAUUCUGCAAAUGACGAAUCUUUAUACAGCGUUCAGCAAUUUCGUACUUUAAAAGCUUCUGUGGAAUUAAUAACUGCAAUAGGGAUUAUAUCCUGUCUUUUACCUGGCGUUGGAGUUGACAUGGCUAAAACAUGUCCCAAAGCUCUGUUGAUCUGCAAGGAAGAGCUAACAGAUUUACAGAGAUACAAGAGGUUAAAAUUUACAGUUAAUUCACUUAUACAGUUGUACGAUGACAUUAUGUUUCGUCCUGCGAUACUUAUUCAAAUUGGACCGUUACUGGCUGCACUUUUACAAUUAUGCCAUGCCCCAUUGAUGAAACCAUCCAAAGAGGCUACAUCGAUUCGAGAAGGAAAUGCGAAUAAAGAUAAAUUUAUAAUGACUGCAGAUUUAUAUGAUGAAUUAAAAAAAGACCAAGAACACUUUGCGUGUCUGUUUCACAAGUUGUUAAAUAAAUGUCCUUCUUCUACAUGCAUGAAAGAAUUGAUGGUAAUCCUUGGUAUUACAGAAGCACCAAAAUGGCUUCGACGUGAAACUCGUAAAUAUUUAGUAGAGCAGCUUAUGCAAUCUAAUGGAAUAGUUUCAAUCAUAGCUGUUGUCUGCGAAGAUGUAUUGGAUCUUGGGGAACAUUGGGAUAAGUUGGACAUUAUUUCCCGAUUAAUAGUCACAUCACAUGGAAUUAAUGCUGACCAAUAUUACAAAUCCAUAUGCUUACAAUUAUUAAGUCUUUUAACAUCAACACAGAUUAAGCAUUCAACUACAAUAGCAAAUUGCUGUAUCACUGCACUUUAUGAAUACAAUUCGAAUGUUUGUUAUAAAAACAUUGUGGCGGUAAUGUGCGAUCCAUUACUAGUAAAUUCAGAAAAUGAACAAAAAGUAAAAAGCGAAGAAGAAGUGGAAAGAUGCAUUGAAAAAUUGACAAAAUGUUUUGUUGUCACGGAGGCCUUGUUUAAACGAUUGCCUUGUCAACUCUUAAUGAACGUAGCAGUUCCUCUGUUUUCAUUAUACAACGAUAUUAGACAAAGUGCUUGUGUAUUGAAAAGUAAACUUAAACAACUUGUACUACUUCUUUUGUAUGAAGAAUCAACAAGAAACGAUCUUUUUGGUGUACUUCUUGGGCAUAACUUGACAAAUAAUUUUGGAAACCGUUUGGAGACAAAAUUUGGGCUAACAGGUGGAAUUGAAAUUGUUGGAAUAGACAAGAAGACUUGCAAAUAUGAAGAAUUCGCAGACACUUUAUUUGAUACGAUAUUUACUACAGAGGUACUGUCAACUGAAUUAUUUUCCUAUUUAUUGAAAUAUCUAUCAAAUUCUAUGAAAUUAGAUCAGAAGGAAGAUCAAAGUGUGUUAGAAACUGAGAACGAUUUAAUGGAAAAGAUCGAAGAAAAAUUAGCAGCUGUAAAACUUUUGUCGAAUCUAGCUAAUAUAUCUGCUGUGCAAGAAGCACAAAUUGAAGAUCCCAAAUUAUUAAUGUAUUUUAUAAAAUCGUUAUUUAAUCAGUACAUCGGAAGAAGACUCCAGAUUCAUCAGAAUUCACCAGAAGAGGAUGAUUGCGAGAUCUUAUACGUUGGCUUAAUGUUGAUGAAAAUGAUUUUAAGUGAAAGAAAGAAACCUUUAGAUUGGACAGUAUUUAGCGAUUUUGUAAAAUUCUUGAAAGAAUGUUGCGUUUCAAACAUCUCAUCUCAAUUGUUAUUACUAAUACGAGAAUUGAUAGCACUAAUUGAAAGUCAAGGUAAAUCGGAACGAAAACAAUAUCAGGACUUAUCAGUUAAUCGUAAAGUGUCUAACAAAUUCGAAGAAGCACUCAAAGAUCUUGCAGAUCCGUUACUACCUGUACGUGCUCAUGGACUUGUAAUUCUUACCAAACUAAUUGAAAAUAUGGAUCCAUGUGCUAUUGCUAGAAAAAUGGUUCUUCUACAAUUAUUUAAUGAAAAUUUGAAACACGAAGAUUCAUUUAUAUAUUUGGCAGCAAUUAAUGGAUUAUGUGCUUUGGCUACUUCGUAUCCACAAGUAGUUGUUGAAACAUUAGUAAAGGAAUAUAUUGAUAUGCCACAACGUGUUUCAGCUGAAGAAAUAACUACGGAAACGAGAGUUAAGUUAGGAGAAGUGCUUGUAAAAAUGACGAGAAAUUUAGGCGAAAUGGCACCAGCUUAUAAAAACAUCUUGAUAAAUGGAUUCUUAUGCGCUGCACGAGACACAAAUUCUUUAGUACGUGCUUCUAGUCUUUCCUGCUUGGGUGAACUGUGCAAGGUAUUAGGUUUUCAUUUGGGCGAUAUAGUCAUUGAGAUAAUCUAUUGCAUCAGCUGUAUUGUAAAAACAGACAAAGCUCCUGAAUGUCGACGAGCUGCAGUUAUGAUUAGCACUUUAUUAUUCCGUGGUCUUGGGAAAAGUACAUUAACAAGCAUGGAUAGAAAUCUGGUCGAUUUAUAUCGUGGUCUUAAAUAUUUACGAGACAACGAUGAGGAUCUAGUGUUACGUUUACAUGCUCAAUUAGCUCUGGAAGAAUUGGACUCUAUAGUGCAAGAUUUUCUCCUUUCAUCUUCGAAACUUGAAAAAAGAAUUAUCCUUUAGUUCGUAAUUUGUAAUUCGUAUUUUUAUAGAGUUUUAUAUCAAGAAUUUUAUUUGUAAUGUAUAAACUUUGGCGAUCAUAAAUAAAAACGAAUAGAAUCGGAUUUUGAUUUAA